CAUGAGUCAGGCUCCAGCUGAUGUACACAUUUGCUAUAAAAAGAGAGCUAUUUGAGAGAUGUGUGCAGUAGUUUGGAAGCAAGCAGUAAACAGAAGCAUAGAAAUGACCUUAAGAAAGAAGAGCCUUCCAUUUUUGCUGCUAGCAUGCGUGGCGUUCUCCUCUAGUGCUCCUUUGACUCCAGAAGAUGACACUACAAGGUUUGCAGAGGAUUACCUAAAAAAAUUCUAUAGUCUGAAAACAGAUGCACAGCCUCAUUUUCGGGGAAAGAAGAUUGAGGCUGUAUCUGAAACACUCAAGGAAAUGCAGUCAUUUUUUGGACUGAAAGUGACUGGGAAGUUAAAUGAUGAGACUAUAGAGAUGAUGAAGAAGCCCAGAUGUGGUGUGCCUGACAUGGGCGACUACGUUCUAACAGAAGGGCAUCCAAAGUGGCCAACAAAUAACUUGACAUACAGGAUUAUAAACUACACACCUGACAUGAGACCAGCUGAUGUGGAUGAAGCUAUCAAACAAGCAUUUGAAGUCUGGAGUAAUGUGUCCCCAAUGACAUUCAGAAGGAUUGAGGAUGGAGAAGCAGAUAUAAUGCUCUCUUUUCAAUAUAGGGCUCAUGGGGACAAUUCUCCCUUUGAUGGACCUAAUGGGAUACUAGCACAUGCUUUUCAGCCUGGCCUCCGGAUUGGUGGAGAUGUUCACUUUGAUGAGGAGGAAACUUGGGCAAAAUAUAACACAGGCUACAGCUUGUUCAUUGUUGCUGCCCACGAGCUGGGCCAUUCCCUGGGUUUGUCUCAUUCUUCUGAUCCUGGAGCUCUGAUGUACCCAACUUAUGCCUACACAGACCCUAAAAAAUUCCACCUCCCUCAAGAUGACAUUAAUGGCAUUCAAAGCAUCUAUGGACAAGCUCUGAAACCUGUUCAACCAACUGGACCCUCAACUCCAGUAACCUGUGACCCUAAUUUGUCUUUUGAUGCUGUUGCUACACUGCGUGGAGAAAUGAUGUUCUUUAAGGGCAGAUAUUUCUGGCGCAAGCAUAGCCAGAUACCAGAGAUUCAGAUGAACUUUAUCACUCUGUUCUGGCCAACCCUGCCAUCUGGAAUUCAAGCUGCUUAUGAAAAUGUUGAAAAAGAUCAAGUUGUUUUUUUUAAAGAGAACAAAUACUGGGUUCUCAAUGGAUUUGAUGUAGUCCGGGGUUACCCCAAAAGAAUUUAUCAACUGGGCUUUCCAAAGACUGUUAAAAGAAUUAACGCAGCUUUCAGUGAUAAGAAUACAGGAAAAACAUAUUUCUUUGUAGCCAACAAGUACUGGAGAUAUGAUGAAAACAGGCAAUCCAUGGAUGAGGGUUAUCCAAGAAACAUAAUCAGUGACUUUGGAAAGACUGGAAAGGUUGAUGCAGCUGUCCAGCAUAAUGGCUAUAUCUAUUUAUUCCAGGGACCAAAACAGUUCCAGUUUGAUCCUAAGACCAAAAAAGUUGUCAGUGUCCUGAGGAGCAACAGCUGGUUUAACUGUUAAUUGCUUUGAUUUCCCUCCUGUAUAAUACAAUAGCUGUAUAUGAUGCUGUUUUCAGCUUUUAAUGGUUGUUUAAAAAGGAAGAGCAGUAUUAUUUUCUCUGAGACUUUUGUCUGAAAAACUACAAACUGUAAUCUUAAUGCAGUUACGUAAUUUAUAAAAUGUUUACAGACCAGAUUGAAGAUUGUCAAUAAAACUUAUUAUGUUUCCUA